AUGUCCUGUGUGUUCAUAGGCCUGGUAAUAUUAAACUGGAUUUGUUCGGCGUCUUUUGUGGCGUCGGAGACACUGGUUGAUGCCAAAAACCUUAUCAAGAAGAAAUUUCAAACAGAUGGAUAUAGCAAAACCCUCCGCCCGUUACUAGACCAGACCGACGUGGUUGUAGUAUACACAGAUAUGGUUCUUAACUCUAUAAUUGAUUUCAAUGAACAAGAAGAAAGCAUGAAGAUCGGCGGAUAUCUUGACAUUUCAUGGCUUGAUGAAUUGCUGACUUGGAAUACAUCGGACUACGGAGGACUUGAUUAUCUGACAUUGCCACAAAAUGAUGUCUGGAGACCGGACGUUGCACUUCAUAACUCCUUCAAGACCUUUACUGGUCUGGGAUCUAGUAAUUUAUUGCUGAGAGUUAACUAUACUGGUGAAGUUAACUGGCUUCCUUACCAGAUUCUGGAGGCCUCGUGUGAUGUUGACAUCACAUAUUUCCCAUUCGACACACAGGAAUGUCCUUUCAAGUUCUCCGCUUGGAGCUAUGUCAAAGAUGAAGUACAAUUGAUUGAAGGAAAGAAAGGCAUUUAUUUAGACGAGUUUGAAGAAAAUUCAAGAUGGUCGCUGGUUUCCACCACAGCUGAAUCGGGCAAAGGGGAUGCUACAAUCCUUAUUUUUAAGAUCAAGCUGAAGCGGAAGUCAAUUUUUUAUGUGUUCUACAUAAUCAUCCCCAUUGUACUUCUUUCGUUUUUAAACAUCCUAACAUUUGUACUUCCUGUAUCGUCUGGUGAGCGCGCUUCCUAUGUUGUCACUGUGCUUUUGUCUUUGGCCGUUUUCCUCACAAUAGUAUCGUCUGAGAUUCCGAAGAACUCUAACACCAUAUCAAUCAUCUCAGUUUACAUGAUCGCAAUGAUAGCACUUAGCACAGCGGCGGUAAUGACGUCAUUGUUAGAAUCGCGGCUGGCGUCCCGAGAUAAAUACACGGACUCAAUCGGCUCAGGAUAUAUGGCACUCUACCGCUUAGCUCGGAUCUGUCAGUGUAAACGUGACGGCCAGAAACGUUCCGCAGAUGAGAUUGAAUGGAAAGACGUCGUUGACGCAUUGGACUAUUUUUUGUUUUGGAUAUUUUUUGUGCUUACCUUUGUAGCAACUGUUGUUUUGUUUGUAAUGGUGAACACACGUUAAGUGUUCCAUUCAAAAAUAAAUUUCUGAGAAUGGUAAACAGCAUGAAGUUAUACACCCCAGAUGGAUUCAUAUUUGUUCAUGUGUUGUACACGGUUAAAACCAGGACACACUUGAGUUUGGUAGUAUUGUAUAUAUGGGUUUAACUAAGUAAAACACUUUUACCUAUAGAUGUUUUGUCUAGCAAAACUAUAUGUGUCAUGAUGAGCGUUUGCUCGAAAUAUCACAUAUGAAAUUUUUGUAUUUCAUCCUGAUACUUUCAAAAAUCAAACGAUUGCAACGUGUAAUACCCUUUAAUGUGGCAUUACCCUUAUGCACCUUUUCUCUGCAUGUUCAUUCGCUUUUUACACGAAUAUUAUACACAGCUGAUGUAAAUAAGACAAUUGAAUAUACGAAUAUUAUACCCAAUUUAUAUUAAUAACACACAUGUAUAUGAAUGUUUGUCAGUUAAUGGUUUGGGUGCUCAUGUGUUGAUUGAUAUGUCUAAAGUUCGAGCCAACACGGGGAUCGAGGGGAACCGAUUGCCGAUUGGAUGUCUACCAGCCGUUUGGCAUUAAAGAUAGGAAUCCGCAAGAAUAAUGUUCAUGUUUAAAGAUGUUCAUUUAAAAGCAAAACCUACCAUUUACUGGCCCUCGAUCGCGAGGGAUGCAUAUGCAAUAAAUAAACGUUUUCUUUUUUAGAAACAAGUACACUUGAUGUUCCAUGUUCCUGCUUAACCUUUGUGCAGUCCAAUCUUAAUGCGGUUGUUUAAAAAAAAAUUCAAUCACAGCCCGGUGUUCACAAUAAUGAUUUCUGAUUUUCUGUCAAAUGCAUGUAUUUAAUUUACAUUGUAACAUGUUUUAGAGAAUAAAUGUAUUAAAUAUCA